UUUCAAUAUGCCAAUAAUGUACACGAUAUUUGAUGACGUAUAAGACUGACGUUACCAGUACCUGCUAUCUCCAAAAGUUGCAAUGGCGGGAGAUCAAAACAAGAAGAUAGCGUAAGAAAAGUUUAAUUUUCGACUCCCAAAAUGAGGAACUAUGAAAGAAAAACUUCGAAGGGAAUGGCGUCUGAAAGUAACAUAAGAUUGGCACUACGAGAAAUCCUAGUGAACAAAAGUAGUUUAAAUUCUGUUGCUGAACGGUUUAAUAUACCGAAAACAACUUUACACAGAUACUUAAAGAAAGUUGGGGGUGGUGACGUUGAAGGUCUUCAAACGGGGUAUUCGAAACAUCUGCAGAUAUUUACUAAAGAGCAAGAAACGUCUCUUGAAAACUACAUCAAGUUUGCUGCAGGAAUAUAUUUUGGCUUGACUCCACAUGAUAUUAAAACCUUAGCGUAUGAAUGUGCUGUCCAAUAUGAGAUAAAAGUUCCCGACUCGUGGCACCGUGACAAAAAAGCGGGACCAGACUGGUUUUCAGGAUUUAUGAGACGUCAUAAGUCUCUCUCUGCGCGAAUACCGGAAGCUACUAGCUUGUCACGAAGUACAAGCUUUAACAAAACAAAUGUUGGGGAAUUCUAUGAAAAGCUUAUUACAGUAAUAGAUAAGAAUCAGUUAAAGAGUCACCAAAUAUAUAAUGCAGACGAAACAGGCAUUACAACCGUCCAAAAACCACGCAGUAUCAUUGCUACAAAAGGUACUAAACAAGUAGGUGCAAUGACAUCCGGGGAGAGAGGGACUCUGGUGACGACUUGUCUGGCAGUAAGUGCAACUGGAAACAUGGUACCAUCAAUGCUAAUAUUUCCCAGGAAAAAUUUCAAAGAUCAUUUCAUUCGCGAUGGCCCUACCGGCUGCAUAGGAUCUGCAAAUACAUCUGGGUGGAUGAUAGGAGAACACUUUCUAGAGUUUCUAAAGCAUUUCGUUGAGCAUACACGACCAAUUUCUGACAACCCUGUGCUCCUUCUGCUCGACAAUCACCACAGCCAUGUUCACGUUCCUGCACUUAAUUAUGCGAAACGAAAUGGGAUAAUUAUGCUUUCUUUCCCCCGCACUGCAGCCACAAGCUGCAGCCCUUGGACAGAUCUGUAUAUGGCCCUUUGAAACGAUAUGUUCAAACAGAGCAAGAUAAAUGGAUAAGAACUAUCCCGGUAAGCCAAUGACUAUUUAUGACAUACCAGGUAUCUUGCGCAUAACGCUACCGAAGGCUGCAACGCCACUGAACAUCAUUCGAGGAUUCGAGGUAUCUGGUAUUGUCCCCUACAAUCCAGAUGUUUUCACCGAUUUUGACUUUGCUCCAUCCUAUGUAAUAGAUCGGCCUGAAACUAAGUCAAUGCAAAAUGAAAAUGGAGAAUAUGACGUCACAGAGAAGCAUGUUGUCACAAGUACCCCAGUUAACAAAGCCCAAGACACUCAUAGCAACCGGCCAGAAAAUGAAACAUUAGAAGUGCAUGAUGGCGCAGAGAAUGAAGAAGCUUUGAGAAACAGUGCAUUUGAUCUUACAUAUACAGAGUGGGAACGCAUAAGGCAGCAUAUUGAAAAGGAGAACCUUGGGCUUGAGAACGUCCCCGGAGAUGGGCACUGUCUUUUGUAUGCUGUACAAGCUAGUCUGAAAUCAGGAAACAUUGCAAAUUUUUCCAUCGAGGAAAUCGGCAAUAAACUUACGGAGGAAGUCAACACGUAUUCACAGUUUUACAACAAAUUUACGGUUGAGGGGCAAAAUAUUGAAACUGAACUGGAAAGGUACAUUAUCCACAAAGAGUACAGCAACAACACUGGAGAUUUAGUGCUGUCAGCAUUGAACAGUGCCCUAUAAAUGAAAACGACUGUUUAUCAAGUCGACGGAAAUAGGGUUAUAACCAUUGAUUUAGGGCCUGGAAGACCUGUUGUACUUCCUACGAGACACAUAAUGUUGGCCUUCCAUGGUGAACAUUAUCAAGCUGUGCUAAAUAAAUCAGACGAUCAGAACACAACAGACACAGACACUGUUGGAAAAGGUCAAGAUACUCCAAAUGAAAAUACAUGCAAUGAUAAAGAGGUCCAAGCAAAUCCGAAAGUACAGAAUGACCAAGCUACUGAAAUAUCAACCGAAAUUCAAAGUCCAUUUGAUGUGGAAAAGGACAAAACAAAGGAAACAUCAAUAAGGUAUUUUCGCCAGAGUCAGUAAGGCCGUUUCCUAAAGCUGGUGAAAGAAAGCAGACAAAAGGUAAACGUAAACUUAAAUCAGCUAUACUCACUGAUACU